AUGCUCUACCACAUGCGAAAUGCCUACAAAACAGACGACCAUGACUUCACUUGGGAUAUACUCAUGCCGCAAGUAUGGGCACAAAUCAUGCUCCACACAUCCAUAAUUACCGCCUGCAUACCCUCCUUCAACCGGUUCUUGUCCGGAAUCAAGCCAGGGUUGCUCGCAGUUCAGAUCCCAGAGCACGAGCUCGCAUCAUCCUCUGUGCGACGGUCACAGAAUGAGUCGAAAUCUGAAGCUGCUCUGGAUAGCCCUCUCGUCAGUCCGCGCUUAUUCGCCAGCAGAUCAAGCUCGACAAAGAAUAGGCUCAGCAAUGCCGCCAUGAUUGUCAGCAGCGGCAUCAGCACCAGCAACUCAAACCUGUGGUCCGAGAAACAGAAGCAAGCAAUUGCGAACAUAGAACGCGGAUAUAAUCGUCCACACGCAGGCAAGACCGAAAGCAGGAUCGAGCAUCACCGCAGCGAGAGUAUCCAGGCCCUGGUCCGGGAUCUAGACGACCAUGUCAUACUGCAUUCGAUCGACUAUAAAGUUGAAUACGAAGAGCAGAGAGACGAGCUCGAUUUCGAGUCCCUGGGUCGUUUGGGAUCUAGUCGCAGUCAUGUAUGA